AUGAGCGGCAAGGGGGGGCCGGCCUCAGAGGGGGAGGCCCCAGGGGGGGCGGGCCCCGCUCUCUGCAUCCCAGGCCCCGGGGAGAAGGUGGCCCACGAUUUCCAGAUCCUGGUGCAGAAGGUGGGGGGCCGCCCGGAGGUGCUGCUGAUCGGGGAGGCACUGGGGGGCCAGGACAUCCACGCCAUGAUGUCAUCCUUCGUGGAGGACCUCUUUGCGGCCCAGUGCCAGCCAGUCCCGCCGGGGGAUGCCCUCCUGGAGGCAGCCAGUGCCCCCUGCUCCAUCGCCGGCAAGCGCUGCCAGCUCAUCUUCUUCCUUUGCCGGGCCGAAUGCUUGAAGCGGAAGCAGGCUGAGCUGCGGAAGGUCCUCCAGCAGGUGAAGCAAUUUGUCCGGCGGUCUCCUUGCGCCCUGGUGGGGGUCAUCAUGGAACCCACCAAAGGGGAGGCUCUCACUGCCCGGGCCCAGCUCCUCCAGCUCCUCCGGGGGGUCUUCCCCAAGGCCCCCAAAGGCCAAGGCAAGGGCCAGGGCCAGGCCACGGGCCCUACCGACGCCAUGGAGCUGGAAGACAUUGAGGUGGAGGCGGAGGUCUACAUCCCCGGGCAGCCCAGGGGCAAACUGGCCAUCAUGAAGGCUGCCUGCCGGGCCUCCGAGGCCCUGGACCAAGGUUCCCCAUGGGCCCGGAGGGUCUUCAAGGGGCUGCUAGGUCUGAUACUCUUGGUGGGCCUCUCCUCCGCGGCCUGGUGGCACUUCUGUGGCAGCGGAUGCAGCCCGUUCGACAAGAUACCCUCCUUCAUGGAGGCCUUCCAUCCUUAA